AGAGCGCCGCCAUUUUCUCCUCAGCGCCAAGCCCCGCCCCUUUCCUUUUCAGAGCCUCAGAGAGAAGCCCUUCGCCUCCUUUUCCUUCUUGGAACCAUAGAGAUGGAGCUGAAAGAUGGAAACGCAGCCCUCCUGAGCAACUACGAGGUCUACCAGCUGCUGACGGAUCUUAAGCAGCAACGCCGAGAGAUGGGGAAAAGCAAGCAGAGCGCGGGCCAGCAGAAUUUGAACACCAUCAUGUAUGAGACGCUGAAGUACAUUUCGAAGACGCCUUGCAAGUUCCAGAGCCCCGAAGUCGUAAGAGACUUCCUCACGGUCCUGAAAAACCACAAGUUAACCAAGGCAGAGAAGCUGCAACUUCUCAACCACCGGCCGGUGAGCGCCGUCGAGAUCCAGCUGAUAGUGGAGGAAAGCGAGGAGAGGCUCACAGAAGAGCAAAUUGAAUCCCUCCUCCAGACGGUCACCAGCAUCCUCCCCGGAGACCCCACGAAGGAGCAGCCGCCGGCGCCAACGGCUAUGGCAGUGGAGGAGGAAGGGGACCAAACCUAGGAGCAGCCUUGGACUCCGCACACCCAAACGUGGCUCCAGAGAAGCCAUUUGGGUCGUCACAACGACCUGAAGAACUUUCCCACUGUUUAGUGAUACCGCUCUGCGCAAUCUGUUUCACAUUUUAAUUGUUUACCCAUGACGAGAACAACUGACUAAUAGCAGAACGUUUAAUGACUCGCUCUUGUCUCAAUGUUCUGUCAACUGUUAUGUGAGAAGAGAGAACUGGCUUUGAUGCUCCAGUCAGUUCCAUGUUGCUCUUACUCAUGCGCUCCUAUGACUAAGGUUUGCGCAUAGCUGUUCCUCUCAUUUAUAAUUAGUUUCUAAACCCUUUGGAAUAAUCCACCCUGUUUUGCAGAAUAAUACAUUUCAGAACUUGGCUCUGUUUGAAGGCUAAAAA